AUGGAGGCAACACGAGGACCCCCGCGGGUCAAGAACAAGGCCGCAGCGGCUGUCCAGAUCUCCGCCGAACAGCUGCUUCGAGAAGCCGUCGACCGUCAAGAUGAGAAGCUCAAGGCGCCAACGCAAAGGUUUGCGGAUAUCGAAGAGCUCCACGAGUUCCAAGGCCGUAAGAGGAAGGAAUUCGAGGACUAUGUACGGCGGAACCGCAUCAACAUGAACAACUGGAUGCGCUAUGCUUCCUGGGAACUCGAGCAGAAGGAGUUCAGGCGCGCACGAUCCAUCUUCGAGAGAGCUUUGGACGUAGACUCCACGUCAGUUCCACUAUGGCUCAGGUACAUUGAGAGCGAGAUGAAGCAUCGCAACGUCCAGCAUGCCCGCAACCUUCUCGAUCGCGCCGUCACCAUUCUUCCACGAGUCGACAAGCUAUGGUACAAGUAUGUCUACAUGGAGGAGACGCUCGGUAAUAUUGACGGAGCCCGCUCAGUCUUCGAACGCUGGAUGCAAUGGGAGCCUGAAGAGGCCGCAUGGAGCUCAUACAUCAAGCUGGAGAAGCGCCACGGCGAAUUCGAGCGAUGUCGCGCAAUCUUCGAGCGCUUUACAGUUGUACACCCCGAACCCAAGAAUUGGAUCAAAUGGGCCAAGUUCGAAGAGGAGAACGGCACCAGCGAUCUUGUACGCGACGUCUACGGCACCGCCGUCACGACCCUCGGAGAUGAGUUCAUGGACGAGAAGCUUUUCAUGGCAUAUGCAAAGUUCGAGGCAAGACUGAAAGAGCUGGAACGUGCUCGAGCCAUUUACAAAUUCGCCCUCGAUCGCAUGCCAAGGUCGAAAUCGGUUAAUCUACACAAGGCCUUUACGACGUUCGAGAAGCAAUUCGGAGACCGAGACGGUAUUGAAGAUGUUAUCCUGUCUAAACGGCGGGUGCAUUACGAGGAGCAGAUUAAGGAGAACCCAAAGAACUAUGACAGUUGGAUUGAUUUCGCCAGGCUGGAAGAGACGUCUGGUAACCCCGACCGAGUGAGAGACGUUUACGAAAGAGCCAUUGCUCAAAUCCCUCCAACGCAAGAAAAGCGCCAUUGGAGACGGUACAUAUAUCUCUGGCUCUUCUACGCCGUCUGGGAAGAAACUGCAUCUCACGACAUUGAACGAACACGCCAAAUUUACCAAGAGUGCAUACGCCUGCUCCCUCACAAACGCUUCACAUUUGGCAAAGUGUGGUUAGCAUUCGCUCAUUUCCUGGUUCGACAAGGUGAGCUCACUGCUGCACGCAAACUACUCGGUCAGAGUUUGGGUAUGUGUCCAAAGGACAAGCUGUUCAAGGGCUACAUUGAGCUAGAAAUGAAGCUUUUCGAGUUCAAUCGCUGCCGCCAGCUCUACACAAAGUAUAUCGAAUGGAACGGUUCAAACUGCCAUACCUGGAUCAACUUUGCCAACCUAGAGCGCGGUCUCGAUGAUCUCGACCGCGCACGCAGCAUCUUCGAAAUAGCAGUCGAACAAACUGACAUGGAUAUGCCGGAAGUGCUGUGGAAAGCAUACAUCGACUUUGAAGAAGGAGAGGGUGAAUACGAGCGUACACGCGCGUUGUACGAGAGGUUGUUGGAGAAGACGGAUCAUGUCAAGGUGUGGCUGUCUUAUGCGCAGUUCGAGUUGGGCGUUCCAGAUGAGACCACAGCAGAAGACGACGACGACACAAUCAGCGACGCCGCCAAAGCCCGUGCGCGCAACAUCUUCGACAGAGCGCAUGGCAAGCUCAAGGAACGCGACCUCAAGGAAGACCGUGUGGCACUUCUCAGCGCCUGGAAGGCGUUUGAGGAUGUACAUGGUACCGAGGAGGAUAAGAAGAAGAUUGAGGGACAGAUGCCAAGAAAGGUCAAGAAGAGGAGGAAGCUCGACGAUGACAGCUUCGAGGAGUAUGUCGAUUACGUCUUCCCUGCGGAUGACGAGAGCGCUGCGAAAUUGUCAAAGUUGUUGGCGAAUGCGCAGAAAUGGAAGAUGGCGCAGGCGCAGGCAGCGCAGGCAGCGCAAGAUGCGGGAGAAGAGAAUGGGGAUGGCGAGUAA